AUAAAUACAGACCUAAAUAGAAGACAGGAAUUCAUUCUAGUGCGCAUCUCCAUCAUCAAAAAACCCACAUAACGUUUAUCAACAUGGGAAACCCCAGAGUGUUCUUUGACAUCACUAUUGAUGGAGCUAACGCUGGCAGGAUUAUAAUGGAGCUGCGGGCUGAUGUGGUCCCAAAGACUGCAGAGAACUUCCGUGCUUUGUGCACCGGAGAGAAAGGUUUCGGCUACAAGGGCUCCACGUUUCACCGAAUCAUCCCUAAAUUCAUGUGCCAGGGUGGAGACUUUACCAAGCACAAUGGAACCGGAGGUAAAUCCAUCUAUGGAGACAAGUUUGAUGAUGAGAACUUCCAGCUGAAGCACGGAGGACUCGGCACACUGUCCAUGGCUAACGCCGGGCCGAACUCCAACGGAUCCCAGUUCUUCAUCUGCACAGAUAAAACUGACUGGCUGAACGGGAAGCACGUGGUGUUUGGCAGCGUUGUGGAGGGCACCGAUGUUGUCAAGGCGAUGGAGAAGCAAGGCACAAAGAGCGGCACUCCUAAAGCCAAGGCUGUCAUCGCCGACUGUGGUGAACUAAAAUAGUGCGACGAAGCUCCUUCGGUUCUGAUUCAUCAUCCACAUCCCAGUUAAUAUAUUUUAGAUGGUGUAUAUCUGCAGCAUCAGUAGAAGAACACCCAAUUAACCCACUCUCUCCUCUGAAAAUGUUCGUCUCCUGUGUUGAUAUUCGUUGUGUAAUAUUUUGUACCUUCUAAUCUGUUCUUUGAGGACCACAUUUUCUGAAUAAAAUGGUGCUGAUGGUGAAAAUAAAACAACUUGAAAGCUUA